UAACAGUCAUGUUAAAGUCACAAUUAACCUGCUGUUACCAACCAGAGAUGUUUCAAUAUGAGGUUUUGCACGGUUGAUUACUUUAUUCGGUAGGUUGGAAUUUUAAGAUUCAAUUAUUUUGGUCCAACUGGUAAGCACAAGUAUUAAAGAUUAGUUUAACAAGGUUUUAAGAACGUUAAUAACAUAAAUUAAUGCAGAAUCUUGAAAGAUGGGCGCAGCUGUGGUCAACAUUGUUUAGAUUAAGUAGUUGAUUUUGUUUUCUGGAUAAUUUCACUAGCAUACAUGUUCUGUUAUUCCACUAAUCUGAAGAAGAUUGUUUCUUGGGAGUGCACGGGAUGACGAGAGAGUCCCUUGUCAAUAGGACAACAAACUCUCAGCUCCUCUAAUGGUGUUUAUGAAUUGAGCUCUCUGGCCUGCUUCCUCAAGUUUUUUCUUCUAGCCAAUAAAAACAAUUCACUCUCAAGUCUCUUAUGCUGAUACUCGUCGCUCCAUUCUAUCCCCGUAUCGUCUGGAUCUGCUUCCUGCUUGGCUAUCAACUCAACUUCCGCCUUAUAUCCGUUUGGUGUUCCACGGUGACGAGUCAUUGGGUCCUUCAACCUACUUCACUGGUCCUCGACCUGUGGGGUUUCUUCAACCGGUUCCAAUGUGUAUGUGGUCUCACAACUUAUGUUAAAUUUGAGGGAGAAGCACUUAAGCCCAGAUUUUGGGAGUUGGAUUCCGCCAUCCUUCCAUGAGUAGUAUCUCGGUCUCGAUUUUGGGGGUAUUACUAUUAGAGUCAUGCACUGCAAGUGUUCGAUUCUGGACUCAAAGAGGUGGUAAGGACAUGGAAACUACACAAUAUUUCAAUCGGCUGUGAUUCUUCAAGUCAGGCUAAAAAUUCUCAUCUUUUUGUUUAAUGUAUCUUUUUGACCGGUUCAAAUGUUCUAUGUUUCAAAUGUUGAUUGGGUGAAAACUAAAGUUUGGACCUCUUCGUGGAAAUUACACAAGUCUUGAAAUUUCUUUGGUAUUGUUAGAUAAAGUUUCAGGUAGGACGGAGUUUAAAGAUAGCAAUGUCACGUUUCAAUAUAGGAACCUGAAAGGCAACUCUAAUUGCCCCAUUUGGUAUUUUUAGUUGGUUCCAAUAACUUUAUAAAACCACUGUUUUUGCAGAGGAAUUGCAGCUUUGAAUCAGUCAAUAUGUGAAGACUCUAUAUUGCUGACCUUAUUUAUGCUCAUCUCUUGUGGUCAACAUUGCUUAUCUGUCCCAGAGUACAGUUCUUACAAGUCCCUGAGUUUUGCUUGUCCUGGUUUACUUUCUCACCUUCACCUCUUAAACUAAUGCUGAAAAAUCUGACUGACUCAUAUUUUCAUCGCAUGUCUAUCUUCAUUGGUUCUAGGGUCAACUUAAAUGGUUGAUUGGGGUUAAAAGGUUAAACUCCUCCGUUGAAAACUGGCAAACAUAAAAAUCAAAAUUAUUAUUAUUGUUAUUAUUAUAGAAGGUAUAAGUUAAUUGUGAAUGAAGUAAUGGAGAAUUUGGAAACAUAACUGUGGUGUGGUCAACAUUGUUUUUAGGCGCUUUAUUAUAGUCCUCACAAGUCCCUGACUUUGGUUUAGUGACCUACUUUCUUGUUAACUAAAGAAUACAUUGUUUGUUAAAUUUAUCUGAAGAAGAUAGUUCUUGGAGACACAUGGGGAAGAAGAGGACCGUGUUCUUUGCUUAUUUACUCUUCUUUACCAUCCUUUUAAGUUUUACUAAUGCAGGAAUAACGACAGAAAGUCCUUUGUCAGUAGGACAAACUCUCAGCUCCUCUAAUGGAGUUUAUGAAUUGGGGUUCUUCAGUCCUAAUAAUUCGCAAAAUCAGUAUGUCGGAAUAUGGUUCAAGGGCAUCAUUCCGCAGGUGGUUGUGUGGGUGGCAAAUAGAGAAAAGCCUGUUACAGACUCCACUGCAAAUCUCGCUAUCAGCAGCAAUGGAAGCCUUGUGUUAUCUAAUGGCAAACAUGACGUUGUGUGGUCAACGGGAGAAGUUUUUGCAUCGAACGGCUGUCGUGCAGAGCUUAGAGACAACGGAAAUCUAGUUGUCAUAGAAAAUGUUUCAGGAAAAACUGUAUGGGAAAGCUUUGAGCAUCUUGGUGAUACUCUGCUCCCUUUCUCGGCCCUCAUGUAUAAUCUCGCCAGCGGUGAGAAGCGGGUGUUGAGUUCUUGGAAAAGUUCCACCAAUCCAUCGCCUGGCGAAUUUGUAGGUCAGAUUACACCACAAGUGCCAUCACAGUUGCUUAUUACGAGAGGCCUGUCACCUUACUAUAGAACCGGUCCAUGGGCUAAAACAAGGUUCACAGGUAUACCGCUAAUGGAUGACACAUACACAAGUCCAUUCAACCUUCAGCAUGAUGCAAAUGGUUCAGGAUUCUUUACUUAUGUUGAUAGAAACUUCAAACUUUCACGUAUAGUCUUAACAUCAGAGGGAUCAAUGAAGAGGUUUCGGCAUAAUGGAACAGAUUGGGAAUUAAGUUACAAGGCUCCAGCCAAUUCAUGCGAUCUUUACGGUGUAUGUGGACCAUUUGGGUUGUGUGUUAUGUCAGUACCUUUAAAGUGUGAAUGCUUUAAAGGCUUUGUUCCUCAUUCCACUGAGGAGUGGGAAAGAGGAAACUGGAGUGGUGGUUGUGUGAGGCGUACUGAACUAUAUUGUCAAGGAAGAUUUACUGGAAAAGAUGUAAACGUUUUCCAUCCUGUUGCCAACAUAAAGCUUCCAGACUUUUACGAAUACGCAAGUUCUGUGGAUGCAGAAGAAUGCUACCAAAGUUGCCUGCACAAUUGUUCCUGCUUGGCUUUUGCUUAUAUCCAUGGAAUAGGGUGCUUAUUGUGGAACCAGGAUCUCAUGGACGCAGUGAAAUUUUCUGCAGGAGGUGAAAUUCUUUCCAUUCGCCUUGCACGUUCAGAACUAGGUGUGAAUAAGUUCAAGAAAACCAUUGUUGCUAGUGUUUUGAGCUUUUCUCUUUUUGUGAUAUUGGCUUCUGCUGCGUUUGGUUUCUGGAGAUACAGAGUGAAACAUAAUGCUCAUAUAUCAAAGCAUGCAUGGAGGAAUGAUCUGACACUACAAGAUGUCUCAGGUUUAGUGUUCUAUGACAUAAAUACCAUUCAAAAUGCCACCAAUAAUUUCAGUCUAUCAAACAAACUCGGACAAGGUGGAUUUGGUUCGGUUUACAAGGGAAAAAUGCAAGAUGGGAAAGAAAUCGCAGUAAAACGGCUUUCUAGCAGCUCUGGACAGGGCAAGGAGGAAUUCAUGAAUGAAAUAGUACUCAUCUCAAAACUCCAACAUAGAAACUUAGUCCGGGUUUUGGGAUGCUGCAUCGAAGGAGAAGAGAAGCUACUGAUUUAUGAGUUUAUGUUGAACAAAAGCCUAGAUACUUUUAUCUUUGGUGAGUCACUUCUGGCACGUCUAUUUAGCAGCUUUUUCUCUCAAUGUGGAACUUCUUAUCUGAUUUCUUCUACACGGUAUUGUUGCUUAGAUACAAGAAGAAGGCUCGAGCUUGAUUGGCCAAAGAGAUUUGAAAUCAUUCAAGGUAUUGCCCGUGGACUUCUCUAUCUCCAUCGUGACUCACGCCUCAAGGUAAUUCACCGAGACCUGAAGGUCAGCAACAUUCUUCUGGACGAGAGAAUGAAUCCCAAGAUAUCAGAUUUUGGAUUGGCUCGUAUGUAUCAGGGAACCCAAUAUCAGGACAAUACUCGCAGGGUUGUAGGAACUCUAGGAUACAUGUCUCCUGAGUAUGCAUGGACUGGAGUAUUCUCUGAGAAAUCAGACAUCUAUAGCUUUGGAGUUCUACUGUUAGAAAUCAUCAGCGGGGAGAAGAUCUCACGGUUCAGCUAUGGUGAAGAAGGAAAAACACUUCUUGCAUAUGCAUGGGAAUCUUGGUGUCAAACCAAAGGAGUUGAUCUUUUGGACCAAAGUGUUGCUAAUACAUGUCACCCGUCUGAAGUUGAAAGGUGCGUCCAGAUUGGGCUGCUCUGUGUUCAACACCAACCUUCAGACAGACCCAACACACUUGAGUUGCUGUCUAUGCUCUCCACAACAUCUGUUCUUCCAUCACCAAAACAACCCACAUUUGCAUUGCACCCCAGAGAUAAUGAAUCCGUGUCUAAGGAUUUGACCACUGUCAAUGACAUGACCCAAUCUGUGAUCCUUGGGCGUUAAGAAACGAUGCAAUCAACAAUUUGUUGAAGUGAUCAACUUUUUCAUUUAUUAAUUAUUCAAACUUACUUCAUAUAA